AUGGCCGAGGUUGAGAGGAAGGAAGAGCAAGCGAAGAUAGAGUCUGGCUCCAACGAGCAAAAAGAAAGAGGGCUGGAUGGCGUGAAUAAGGGAGAUGCCGUGGGGGAUGGUAAAGAAGGAGGUGAAGCAAAGAAAGUGCAGCAAAGUCCUUUCCUGACCAAUGCUGUGCCCCGAAAAGAUGAGGGCAAGGGAGGGGAGGAAAGAGACAAUAUCGAUGCGGCGGAGGUAGUUGAGAAGCAGAGGAAGCAUCUCGAAGAAAACCAGAGCGACGAGAUUUUAUUUAAGGCAAGGUGCAAGCUUUAUUAUUUCUCGGAGGAGACCAAGGCUCUUGAGGAACGUGCUGAGGGAACCAUGAUUAUUGAGAUGCAUUCAAAAAGCAACCUUGCGAAGAUAACAAUGUUUAGGGACCAAAUCGGUAGGCUUGGGUGCAACCAUUUUAUCAACCCAAGAUUCAAGGCGCAGCCUCACGGAAAGGUUAGUAAUGGAUGGAUGUGGAUGUCUACAGAGGACACAGUUGAAACGGAUGCAUUGAGAAAGAAGAUCCAGCUAUUUGUUGUCAAAUUUUAUUCUGAAGAGGAUUUCAAGAGGUUUGGGGAGGAGUACGAUCUGGGAAGGGCUCAUAAUGAAAAGGCUCUGAAGACAAAGACAAAUAAAAAGUGA